AUGGAUUUAAAAACCAUUAAGGUAGAUCUGUUCGAUUGCAUUCCUGAAUAUAAUCCAGAUUUACCUUUUUUACUUUCACCAAAUAUGUGCUCCACCAUAUUUCCAGAAACAUUGGAAAGACUCGAUACUGAAUAUGAUACCAGCUACUCUGGUGAUAUUAACGAUGAACAUGAUCCACAAUGGAAAAGUUUGAAAAUAUUUCUGAAUUCUCUGAAUUCUCUCAAACAAGGAGCAUUGUCAAUAUUUGCUGAACACACAGAGAACAGUGUAGAUUGGGAAUUGUACUUUUAUUUAAAGUACAGUAGAGAGGUGUGGCAUUUGGAAAUGACUGGUAGCACAAGUGUAAGUAGUUAUGAGAACUACAAUAUGGAUUAA